AUGGAUGAGGAUGAUGAUAGCCGCAGUCAGGCUAUCCUGAUCGUCACAGCCAUCUUUCUCGCCAUUUCACUCAUCGCUACCGGCCUCAGGCUUUUUGUUCGAACUCACGUGGUGAAAGCUUUCGGCAAGGAUGAUGUCUUCAUGGUAUUGGCUAUGACCCUCAACCUGGCCUUUGCCAUCUGUGGAUUCCUCGGAGUAAAAUAUGGCAUGGGACGGAAAUUGAUCCAUUUCGUUGGGAGAGAGGCGGAUUUCCACAAGGCCUUGCUGUGCUGGUGGCUGGGUCAAAUCUUCUAUGUCAUUACCUGUGUCGUCGCCAAGGUAUCCAUCAUCAUCACUCUUUUGCGCAUCACCGUGGAUCGCAUCCACCGCUACAUUCUCUACGCCGCUAUCACGCUUGCCACCGCCGUUGGCCUGGUCUUUCUUUUCUUCACCGUCUUCCAAUGUAAUCCGGUCUCUUACUUCUGGAAUCGAUCCCCCGCAACGGGCACUUGCAUCAGCACCGACCUCCUCAUCGACAUCGCAUACCUAUACAGUGUUGGCGCAGCCGUAACCGACUUAACCAUCGGUCUCCUCCCAGUCGCACUAAUCUGGAACCUGCGCAUGAAUACGCGCACCAAGGGCGCCAUCAUUGGCAUUCUAGGAAUCGGCUGCAUCGCGAGCGCCGCCGUGAUCAUCCGCAUUCCAUUCGUGCACAAUUACAAAAGCACCGAAUUCCUCUAUAAUACUUACCAAAUCUCCAUCUGGUCAAACGUCGAAGCAGGCCUAGGCAUUACAGCCGGAUGUCUCACCACUCUACGCCCAUUAGUCCGAUUUCUCCGCGAUGGCUCCUCCGCCUCCCGCAGCCGUGGCAAUCGUACCCCCGGCCCCGGAUCUUUUCCCUUGUCGAGCAAUGUGGCGCAAAAAUUCAACCGCUCCUUGCGAUCUAAGCACGACGAAGAAGGACAGCUUUGGACUGGUACGGAUAAUGACGAUUAUCAUGGUAUCACCACUACUAUUAUGGGGAGUCAGCGUCCGAAUCCCAUUAGUAGUGAAGAGGAUCUUAACCCAACAAAUGGGUGGAAGGUCGAGCGAUCCGUUCGGGUGUCCGUGCGCGACGAAUAA